ACACACUGGCAACGCUGCAAUCAGCUGCGGCAAUUUCGCAUCGAUUCUGUUUAUUAUUUCCUGGAAAAUGUUGCAACUCGACCGAAAACUGAUGCAAAAUGUGAACCGCACUUAAUGGCCGACCCAACAUGAUUCCCUGGAUGCGCGAAAAGUUCAACGAGAAACGCGCAAAGUGGCUGGCGAGAAGUAAGCGCUCAUCCACGCCAUCGGCCGACAGUCCGGGAAGCAGUCGCGUCCACACCGCAAGCAGUGCCAGCGAUGCAGAGAGCCUCAGCUCCGCCUCGCUAAAUGUGCACACGACAGAGACGGAGACCCAGACGGACGUUGUCGUGGUCAGCAGACCCACUGUGGGUGGCGGCAGUUGUGUCCUGCGCACGCCCUCGCCGGCCCGCAGGCGUCGCAUGCACCUGGAGCUGCAGCUGCACCUGCAGGGCACUGCGGUAGCCACACAAACUGGCAGUGCCGCUGGUGAUCCUCUGGACACACCCACUCCAACACAGCAGCAUGAAAAUGCUUUGUUCCUCAGGAAGACAUGCCAUUCCAGCCGCGUCGACUCGGCGGGGUCGACGGGCGUAGACGGGGAGGACCCUCUGAAGGUGGGCGAUUCCAUUACGGUGCGCGUCAUAUGUCCCAGCUCGCGGGUGCUGGUCUUCAAGACGAACGUGAACAAGCGCCUUAAUGACCUAAAGAGUGAGGUCAUCCUGGAGCUGAGUGACGAUCCCGACUCCAUCCAGCUGUUUGCCCCGGAUGUGCGGCAUCUGAAUCCACGCUACCGACUCUAUCGGGCCGAGUACUUUGGCGGUGAGCUGAACGAGGCCGAGACGUUGGCCCAGCUGCAGGUGCGCAACAACGAGACCUUCAUUCUGUCGGCCAGGCGCAGCACACUCACGCAGACAGUGUCGCGCAUACGCGAGGUGCCCGGUCCCAAUGAGCAGCUGCUGGAGAGCGCCACGCGGUAUGUGCAGACCAACGCCAACUCGCUGCCCACCAUCGAUAUUAACGAGAUCUUUCAGCAGUCGAAUAUUCAAUACGAUGUGCGCAAGGUGCUGAUCUCCUUGGCCCAGGCCUCGGCUGCCGUUUUGGGUGCUGGGCCCUAUGCCCCUCGCCUGAUCGCCAUGCUGAAGCAGCGGCUGAUCAAUCGACGCAACCAUCAGUCGGAUACGCUGCAGUGUCUCGUGGAUAUGGGCUUCAGGCGGGAGAUGGCCGCGUUUGCCCUGAAAGCCAACAGCGGCAUUUACUCAAGCACGUUGGAGUGGCUGAUACAGAACCAAAACGAGGAUGUACUCCAGGAGCCGGCCAUCAAUAUGCAGCAGAGCAUGUCCUCCAUAUCGCCCUCCGCCAUUGUCACCAAUAACGAAACCAGCGAGAACACCGCUGCGCUGAUGGAAAUUGUGCGCAUCUACAGCCAUCGGGACUCGCCACCCAGCGAGGAGAUAGUCGAAUCGCUCACCGAAAUGGGCUUCGAGGAAGCUGCCGUGGUAUCGGCGCUGAAGCGGACAGGCAACAACAAGGCCUCCGCCUGUGAGUGGCUCUGCGACAAUCGUUCGGGCAGUGUGAUUGAGCUGCGCGAGGGUCUGGCACCGGAUUCGCCCAUCCUCAAAGUUAUACUCGAAAUGCCGCAGGUCCAAAUGACGCUCAGCAAUCCAAAGACAUUUUUGGCGUUUCUGGCCAUACUGGAGAAUGAGCAUGCAAUACGCGUGUGGCGCGGCGAUAACGACACCACCUCGGUCAUCACACAUAUCCUGCAAAAGUACCAUGAGGAGAAGCAUGUGCUGGGCAUCAAUCAGUUCUAUACGAACCGUUGGUGAUGUCAGCCCCAAAGUGGCUUUAUAAAUGAGAUUAACCAAAUUAUAUAUUUAUACAUACAACCGCAUACUAUAUACACACUCAUGCCCGGGCGCACACCCAAAGCGGGUUCCCAUUUUUUGGGGUGUGAAGAGUAUUUUUGUAGCCAAAAAAAACUAUGAAUGUAAAACCGCACAAAGCCAAAGAUGCAAAACGCUUUGCCCGAAGCACGCAAAGAAAACGCUUACCGAUCAGUACGAAUAACGCAUAUUAAAUAUAGUAACUAGAGCUAGUCAGCCUCAACAGUCAGAAAGAAGGCCAGGGCCCCGGCCUUCACUUAGUCUAUCAAAUAUCCUAUCAUCCUAACUGCUAACUCAACUGCACUCUAUAUAUAUUUAUGUAUAUGUAUAACUCUCCCGAUAGCUGUAAGCGAGCGAACUUUUUUGGCGAUUUCUGUGCGUAUUUUGCAAAGCUAUUGUACAUUCGGGGCUAAGAACAAUGAACCAGAACAACCGACAAGCGGUAACCGAUAUUGAACAUAAAGUAUUAUUUUGUAAACCAAAUAUUCUAUUAGCAAUGUUUUAACAAU